GAGUCGAUAACAAAGUUUUCUGUCCCUCCCAUGUUGUUCGUCCCUGUGAAGCCGCCACAAAAAAUUUCGUUUAAAUGAAACGGUCGUGUAAAUAAAUAAACAGUGUCUUUGUAAAAUAGAAAAUGUUGGUGAGGACCUCUCAGUUGCCGCUUGUUGCGGCCUUGAAAAAUAGUGCAACGCAAACAAAGUAUCACCAUGUACUCCAAAAAUAUGGAUUUGCAACAACGAUAAAAACUCCAGAAUUGUCUAAAGCCUCUGUAACUUCGUUUCCUCCAUUGUCAGAGCCAAUUCCUGGUCUCCCUACACCUAUAUAUUCAAAUGCCAAGGAAGGCAAACAAGUUACAGAAAUCACGACACUAUCAAAUGGCUUACGGGUAGCAUCUGAAAAUCGUUUUGGCCAAUUUUUCACAGUAGGAGUGCUGAUCGAUUCUGGCUCUCGGUAUGAGGUAGCUUACCCAAGUGGUAUAUCUCACUUUUUGGAAAAACUAGCCUUUGGUUCAACAAAAUCAUUUCAAGACAGGGAUGAUAUUAUGCUGGCACUAGAAAAGCAUGGAGGAAUUUGUGAUUGCCAAGCUUCCCGUGAUACAUUUGUCUAUGCGGCAUCUGCAGAACGCCAUGGACUUGAUAAAGUCACAGAAGUUUUGGGAGAUAUUGUCUUCAGGCCCAGAAUAACUGAAGAAGAGGUUAACAUCUGUAGACAAAUUAUUCAGUUUGAACUGGAAACCCUUUUAACAAGACCUGAACAGGAACCCUUGCUAAUGGACAUGAUUCAUGCGGCAGCUUACAGGGACAAUACCUUAGGAUUACCAAAAAUCUGUCCAGAGGGAAAUAUUAACAAAAUAGAUAGAAAAAUUCUAUUCACUUAUUUGAAGCAUCAUCAUACCCCAAAACGUAUGGUUGUUGCUGGUGUUGGUGUGGAACACAAGCGUUUGGUUGAAGCAGUUGAAAAAUAUUUUGUGGACCAAAAACCAAUUUGGGAAGAGGACUCUAGUCUCAUCAUAUCCGACAGAUCAAAAAAUUUUGUUGAUGAAUCAAUUGCACAGUAUACUGGUGGUUACAUUCUGGAAGAAUGCAACGUUCCAGUGUACGCGGGACCCAGCGGUUUACCCGAAUUAUCGCACAUCGUUAUAGGUUUAGAAGGAUGUUCUCAUCAAGAUCCCGAUUUCGUACCUAUGUGCGUUCUCAAUAUGAUGAUGGGUGGUGGAGGUAGUUUUAGCGCAGGUGGACCUGGCAAGGGCAUGUACACGAGAUUGUACACAAAUGUUUUGAACAGAUAUCACUGGCUCUACAGCGCCACUGCAUACAAUCAUGCCUAUGCGGACAGCGGAAUCUUCUGCAUUCACGCGUCCUCAACCCCAUCUCAUGUGAGAGAAAUGGCCGAAGUAAUUGUUCACGAAAUGGUGGCGAUGACCGGAGCUUUAUCAGACAGUGAAUUAGCGAGAGCAAAGAAACAACUGCAGUCGAUGUUGCUAAUGAAUCUGGAACAGAGACCAGUAGUUUUUGAAGAUAUGGGUAGACAGGUUCUAGCCACUGGUGAAAGAAAGCGCCCAGAGUUCUUCAUUCAAGCGAUUGAAAAUACAACCAAGGACGAUAUAAUCAGGGUAGCGCGCCGCCUCCUGAAAUCCCCGCCAAGCGUGGCAGCUCGAGGCGAGGUUCGACACGUGCCAUCGAUCACGGACAUUCAAGCCGGUCUACUCGACGCCCAGGGUCUCCUGCCUGGCUCUCGCAGCAGACUAUCGCUUUUUCGUUGACAGCUCGCGGCAGCGCGCCGCAAAGUUCUUAAAAUAUUUUUCCAAAAGUAUUUCGUCGUUAAACAAUAAACCGUGAAAGUGACCGUAACGCGCUAGUUCAUACAUAAAAAUUUAAUUCUGUCAAUUUCAAUUCUGUCUGUUAUCUUCUCUUAUGUCUGCUGAUAAAGAGGAGAAUGUCGUGCGAGUUGUGUAACAGUCGCGUGGAAGACUUACUUUUUUAUUGCAGAGGUAUUUGUUUUAUUUUGACUUUGUAGCAUUAGUAAAUUUACAUACUUAAUUUAAUAAAAUUGUUCUUUAAUUUGAGCUCUCCUUGUCAUCCGCUGCCUUUUCACAUUCACUAUUCAUACUUUUUGACUGGAGUAGAUUUAACAUCCCUUGGAGUAUAUCCUGUAAAAAUUAUAUAUAUUGUUUCAUAAUUGUAAUAACUACUUUUCAAAUUCAACAAAUAACAAAGCAGAAUUUACUUGAAAUUCC